AUGAAUUAAGAAGAAUCAAUUGCUUUUCUAUAUAAACGAUUUUAAAAGUAUUAAUAACUUCAUCCAUUUGAAAUAUCAGAUAAUGUUAUAGAAAAAAUUGAAUCUUUAUAUUAGGAUCUUGCAUUUAAUAAAGAUUUAAGCUAAUUAAAGGUGACUAGGGAAAACAAAGAAAAUAUAUUUAGACAAACCAUUCGCAUUUAUAUGUUUCAACCAAAAAAGACAGGCUAAAUUGAUAUCAGAAUUAAAGAUGAAUCAUUUUGGAAAACAAGAUAAUUAACAAUAGAUAUUGAUCUAUGUGAAUUGAUUAUAUAGACUCAAAAAGAAAUCAUUCUUAAUUUACGUUUCUUUUAAAUCUAAAAUCCCAUUUAAGAUAAUAAGAGAUACAAAUUUUUACUUUUGCACAAGUCUCUCUCUCAAAACUUUUGGUUUGCAGAUGACGAUAAAAAUUAUGUUAAUUAAUGGUUUAAAGAUAUUAAUUAAUGUAUUACUUAGGGUAAAUAAGGAAUUAGAUAUGAAACUAUGACAGUUGAACCUAUGGCUAAAGAUAUUAAUAUAGAAAUAUUGAAAAGAUUGGAUCGAGAAAGAAUAAAUUUCAACCAAAAUUUGUUCUUUUCUUAAGAAGUUACACAAUAAAAACAUUAUUCUAUCAUCUAAUUAGAUAAUCAAUCAGAAUUUUAAAAAUAAUAAAAUCUUAAUUAAGUUGAUAAAUAAAAAAUAACAUUUCUGCAGUAACCUCUAAGUGAAUCAACUAUUAUACCUUAAAUUUAAGAUAAUCAUAAAAUUAUUCAAAUAGAUUAACCUGAAUUAUCUAUUAUCUUUGAAGAUCUUAAAAAUAAAUUAAGUUAUGAUUAUUUGAUGGACGAAUCUUAAUUCAAUCUAUAUUUAUUCUAAGAUAGCAUAAGAAUCAUGCAAAAUAAAUAUGAUAGUAAAAAUUUCAGAGUUUAUCUACCAAUAAUUGAUGCUACUCUAAGUGGGAUAGUUAUGGCUCUAUUUGACACAAAAACACAAACAAAAUGGAAUAAAUAAAUUCAAAAUAUUGAGUAAUUAGAAAAUUUAGGUCUUACAACUGUAAAAAUUAAAGAGACAAGAUUACCUUAUGAAUACUUUUAUCAAACAAGAAUUUUCACCUAUUUAAGAUAAUUUUAUUUCAAAAAUAAUGCAAUUUUUGUUAUUGAAAAAUCGAAUGAUAAAAGUAGCAGUAAUAUAAAUUGGAACAUUUGUGCUGUGUUUCUAUUUCAAAAUAUUCCUAAACUAUUCAUUGUAGAUACAAAAAUAAUUAAUGGUGGAUAUAUAACUUAAAAUUAAGACAUAUAAUUAACAAUUUAAUAUUUAAAAGAAUAUGCUCAUUUAAUUUCAUAUGUUAUGGAAUUAAAAUUGUAAACAUAAACUCCUCAAUUUAUUUUAGAUUUAAUUAGUAUUUAUGAAAAUUAUCCUGCUAAAUCUAAAAAAACUUAAUAAUUAGUUAAUAAAGAAAAAGUUGCAGAAUUUGUUGAGAAUACUGCAGUAAAUAAUUAUAUGCAUAAAUCGUAACCAUAAAUAUAAUAGAAAGAAGAGAAUGAAUUGAUUACAUAGGAUUCUCUAUAACAUGUGUAAUUUAAAUAAAAACAUUUACCAAGAUUUCAGAAUAAUUAUGAUUCUAUGUAAUCAAAUUUAAAUUAGAUUAGAAUUUAAGAUGGUACAUUAAUUAACUAAUAAACGUAAGAAGCCAUAAUUAAUUAAGAAUAAACAAUAGAACAAAAAUAAGUUUUAGAUGUUGAUAUAGUUAAUAAAAUAGUUAGUGGAUAAAAUGAAAAAAUAAAUAUUGAAUAGAAGAUAUCAUCAGAGAAUGUGAAAGAUGUUUAACAAUAAAAUUUUGGAGAUGGCUCUAAUAGUGAUAUUGAAUUAGAUGAUGAAUUUAUGCAUUAAGAUAUUCGACCUGAAUGGGAAAAAUCAUAAUUGAUCCUAAAUUAGGAUGAAUUUUAUAAGGAAUUGUUGAGCUUUGUUUAAAAAUGUUAAAUGUGGAAUUCUUAAUUGCAUCCUUAUAUAACUACAAUAAAAGAGGAAGAUUAAUAAUAUGAAUAAAUUAAAGAGAUAGAGGGUUAGCAUUUCUUUUAUAAAGAUGAAUGGUAAUUUGAUAAUAAAAAAGGUUAUCUAAAAUUUGUGAAUACUAAAAAGUUGGAAGCUUAGAAAAAAGUAUUUAGGUAUAUAAUAAGCAAAAUAGGAUCAAAUCUUUUAAAAGGUAAAUCAAUACUAAGUGUAUCUCUGCCAGUUUAUGUUUUUGAAAAGAGAACAAAUUUAUAAAGAUUUGGGGAAUCUUUUUCUUAUGCUCCCCAAAUCCUUGAAAAUAUUCCAAAUGAUCCAGUAUAAUAGAUGGCAUCAGUAAUGGCUUUUUCACUUUCAUUCACUAUUCUAUAUUUGAAUUUAGAGAAACCAUUCAACCCAAUUCUAGGAGAAACUUGUUAAUUAUGGAUAAAGGGAUGUCCAGUUUAUUUAGAAUAGAUAAAUCAUCAUCCUCCAAUUGCAGCAUUUAUUAUGUAUGGUAGAGGUUACAAAAUAUAUGGUAAUAUUGAAUCAACAGCCAAUAUUGGGGUUAAUACAGUAACAGGAGGAAAUGAGGGUAAAAUAGUAAUAGAAUUUAGUCAUAAUAAGAUAGAAUACAGUUAUUGUAAGGGAUAUGUAAGUGGUAUUACUAUUGGGGAUCGUUAUUUUUAUACUGAAGGACAAUAGUUAUAUAUUGAUUAUGAGAAUGAAAAUAUAGGGGAGUUGUAUUUCAAUCCCUAAAAAAAGGGAAAAACUCAAUAUGAUUAUUUUGAAGGAAAAAUAUUCUCAGUGAAUCAAAGUAUACUUUAAAAGUACAAAAAAGAUGGCAAAAUUAAAAUGGCUAACCAAUAAGCAUAAGUUUUAGCUGAAAUAGAAGGAAAGUAUUAAAUCUUUAGAAAUAAUAUUUUAGUUGGUAGUAAGAACAAGUUAUGAAAUUAAAUGGAAAAACAAUUUUUAAUUUGAUGAAAGAUUUUCCAUUCAAGUGUAAACCUGAAAGAUAUCCGCUAGCUUCAGAUUCAUCAUAUAGAGAAGAUUUAAUUGGAUGGUAAUUGGAUGAUUUUGAUUUAUCUAUGAAAUAUAAGGAAAUCUUGGAGGAUAAAUAACGAAAAGAUCGAAAACUUAGAAAAUGA